AUGCGACUUACAUUAGAUAAAAAAUUAUUUAUUCAAGAGGUAUUUACUGGCAAUGUUGACAAUUCACAAAAUCAUCAAUAUGAAUGUAUACCUGAAUAUUUAUUAAAAAUGACUAUUCGUCAUCAUCAUCCUCCAAUAGUAUGUCAUCAUCAACAUCAAAUGCAAUAUCAAUCUAGUACAUGUUCUGUAUCUUAUGCUACUUUUUCUCGAUCAAUACUUUUAUCUCGAGUAGCAACAACGACAAUUACAAGUGAUAGGAAUGAAAGCACAUGUUCUCCUUCACUAUUAGUAACAGUUGUUUUAGAAGAAUCAUCAACUCCUUUGCUAGCUUCAUCUUUUUUGUUAAGAAUCUCAUCAAACAUGAGACAAGAUAUUCAUGUCUUCACUAAAAUCAAAUAUGAUAGUAUGGUAAAAACGAAAAUCCACGAAUUCUAA